AUGAGGACCGUGCUCACGGUCUGCUGUCUCUUCCUGGUCGCCGGCGGGCCGGACCGGGCGUGGGCCGCCGGGAACCUCACGGUCGACGGCAGCAGCGACAGAAACGUGACGGCCGACGGCGGCACCAAGUACAUCCGGAUCGGGGACGGCUCGUCGCAGGAGUUCGAGUUCCCCGAGAACAGCGACGGCGUGAUCGUGAUCUCCAGCCGGUACCGGAGCGCCGCGGCCAGCCGGAAGGGCCGCCAGAGCUGGAAGCAGACGGUGACGGUCCGCUCGCUGGACCCGGAGGUCCUGUCCAUCCUGAACGUGACGGACAGCGGCCACGCAGGUCCGGCCCGCAGCUACAUCAUCAGCAUCCGCUCCGGGCUGCCGGGCCGGGCGCAGCUGCAGAUCCGGCUGAUGGACCUGGACCGGGACUCGGUGCCGGUUCUGAUCGAGGAGCGGACGGACUACGCGAUCCGGGUGGCUCCGGGCGGCGACGACCCGGCGGCGCGCCUGGUCCAGGCGGGCGGCCUGGCCCACUUCUCGGAGAACCCGGUGCUGUUCGCGCUGCUGCCGCUCAUCUUCGUCAACAAGUGCGCGUUCGGCUGCAAGGUGGAGGUGGAGGUGCUGCGGGGGCUGCUGCGGAGCCCGGUGCCGCUGCUGCUGGGCGUGCUGGCCCAGUUCCUGGUCAUGCCGCUCUACGCCUACUGCGUGGCCCGGCUGGCGGCGCUGCCCACGGCGCUGGCCCUGGGGCUGGUCAUCACCUGCUCGGCGCCGGGCGGCGGCGGCGGCUACCUGUACAGCCUGCUGCUGGGCGGGGACGUGACCGUGGCCAUCUCCAUGACGCUGCUGUCCACGGUGGUGGCGGCCGCCGCCAUGCCGCUGUCCUCGGCGCUGUACGGGUGGCUGCUGGGCGUGCACGCCGCGCUGCACGUGCCCUUCGUGAAGAUCCUGGGGACGCUGCUCUUCAUCGCCAUCCCCAUCUCGCUGGGCAUGCUGGUCAAGCUGCGGCUGCCGGCCCUGACGCGGGUCCUGCUGACGCUGAUCCGGCCCAUCAGCCUGGUGCUCAUCGUGGUGGGCAUCUUCAUGGCCUACCAGAUGGGCGCGUCCAUCCUGGCCGACGUGCGGCCGCAGAUCGUGGCCGUGGGGGUGACGGUGCCGCUGCUGGGCCUGCUGGUGGGCGGGGGGCUGGCCCGGCUGGCCCGGCUGCCCGGGCCGCAGAGGAAGACGGUGAGCAUCGAGGUGGGCGUCCAGAACAGCCUGCUGGCCCUGGCCGUCAUGCAGCUGUCGUUCCGCCGCGCCGAAGCCGACUUCGCGUCGCAGGCUCCGUUCAUCGUGGCGCUGAGCAGCACCUCCGAGAUGCUGCUCAUCGUGCUCGGCCACUUCGCCCAGAGGAGGCUGUGCAGCCCGGCCGCCUCCAGGAGCGACGCCUGACGCCUGGCUCCGGACUCUUUUGUGCUUCUUUGUGGUAUUUUUCUGGAAACCAAAGGCCUUUCUACCCUCCAGAGCUUUUUGUGUUUGUUUUACACGAUGAACUUUUUCACGUCAGAUUCUACUGUGAGCUACUUCCUGUAAAUAUUCAUAAGAAGAGAAUCCCUAUACAGAACAGAUAUUUUUCUACCAGAUUACCUUUUGUAAUCCAGACAUCAGCGAGCAGAGACUGAUCCGUACCAUGUUUACAGGUCCAUGUGUCUUAGCCGGAGCAGAGGGAACCUGGAGGUGGACUCGUUCUGAAAGUAUCUGCCACUGAUUGUGUCUCUUGGAUCUUUGCAUCCAUGUACUUGAAUAUUUGGGAGAAGAAAUCAAGAAAAAGUCAAUAAAAUGAUGUGGAAGCAG